AUGGUCAGAAUAUGUGGAUAUCAAGGGGGUGCUGGCCUGGGAAUCCCAUACUGGGAUCUGUGGACCGACAACGUGAACAAUAUUCAAGAAUCUACAAUGGAGCCACCUGCCCUUGAUGCAGAGGGCUUUGCAAUCUGCCCAGAUUGUGGUAGCCUUGUAAAUUGUGGGAUGAUUGGACUGCCCAAUCUUGAGAAGCGCCACUGUGGAACGAAAGUCUGUAAAACAGCACAACAAAAACGAGAUAAGGAUGUGAAAAGGAAGAAGAACAGAAUGAUACUCAGCUUCUUGAGACCAAAAGCAGCCAUCGUACUAUUGACCAUCGAUGGUCCACCACCAGUCCACAGUUACAAGCUUGUUCUGCAGACAGCAAGCCCCACCGCUGCUUCCACCACCACCGAGCAUGGAAAAGCUGUCUCCAACUCAAUGUCCAAGUCUGUUUUGGGCCCUAUCUCCAACAGCUUCAUCAAGGAGUUUCAAGAUUUGGUCAAAAACUUACCAGCAAGUGUCCCUGAAGCAUCUGAAUUUGAGAGGCUGGCAGUAUUUGGAGGAAACCUGAAGGAAUUUGAUGACACAUCAUUGGAGGCUGAUGAACUGUGGGAAGAAAGCCUGAAUGGUGUGUUGAAGUCAAUGUUGGACUGGGGAACGGAAGGAAACAUGGAUGAGAUAAUCUGUUGUGAGAGGUGGGGCCUGGACAGCUUGGUGGAUUUUGCAACAUACUUUGUGGAGGAAUGCGGUACAUGUGCCUGA